CAAACUGAAACAUUACCGACAUCAUUCAGCUUUCUUCCCGGGGAAACACAGAAGCACGUGGACCCGGUUGUUUUCAGAGUAGUUUAGCAAAACCUUAAGGAGGAUAAAUAGUGACUCUUCAGAGUCUGGUGAGAUCUGCCGCUGUCCGCGGAGGUCUGCAGAGACAUGACGGGAUCAGGGGCUCUGAAAAUGGAUGCAAAUAUCGUGGUCUUGGGAACAGACAACGUUGGCAAAUCAGCACUUAUAGUCCGUUUCCUAACAAGAAGAUUCAUCGGAGAAUAUGGAGAUAUCGAAUCCAUUUACAGCCACAAUGUAAUAGUAGAUGGACGGGACAUCUCCUUCAACAUCUGGGAUUCUCCUUUUUCACAGGACGCAUCUCGCGAGAGCUCGACGCAGGACAAGAGAAUCCAGUGGGCGGAUGGCUUUGUCCUGGUGUACAGCAUCUGUGACCGGGUCAGCUUCAACAAUGUCGCUAAGCAGCUCCAGCGUAUCAAGGGCACUAAGGACUACCUGGGGGGGGACAAGGUGCCCAUCGCCAUCGUGGGCAACAAGCGCGACUUGCACCACCGCCGCACCGUGCCCAGCGAGGAGGGCCGCAUGCUGGCGCUGGCCGCCGGCUGCCAGUUCUACGAGGUGUCGGCGGCUGAGAACUACCACGGCGUGCUGAUGGUGUUCCACGGCCUGCUGGAGCGGGUGCGAGAGGCCCGCAGCUCUGCCAAGAAGCCGGCCGGCAUCAAGGGCAUCGUGAAGAGCGUGUCGGCCGUCUUCAGCAGGAGGAGGACGGACUCUGUGUGAGAAGUUUCACCUCAGGAGCUUAGCAGCCGGCCUCUAAGGAGCCCGCUUUGAGUGGGACGCGCUCCCUGGACCCGCCAGGGUGCUCUGAGCACUAGAAAGAGGGAUUAAGGGAGCUCAGGUGAGCUUCAGCUUCCACCUGGAUUGAGAGUGAAAGGUCUGGGACGAUCCUGCAGAGAGCAGCUCUCAUUUGGUGGACAGCGUUCCGGACAUGCGGCCUGUGAUCACACCAGUGUUUCACGCCUUUGCAUUUUCACACUCAGUACGUUUACAUGCACAGCUAUAGCUCGACUACGCCAUUUAAUCAGACUACUGUCCUUGUCCCAGUAUACAUGCAUGGGAGGGAAAUCGAUUUACUGACCGAAGUAUGUUUGACUCCGAUACAAUAGGUGGCGAUAUGGCUCCUUUCAGCUUGUUAGUAUUGGGCUUUUUCUGGUUGAGCUUUUACGUUACAGAUGUAAAAAAAUGAAAUGCAUAACAAUGGAUGCAUGGACACGAGUGACGAGCUUCAGUUCACGCAGCGUUCAUGCGGAGCACGUGCAGAGCGCCUAGGCCAGUUUGAGUCCGAUUGAACGUGCACAUGCAGUAAAUCGAUUCCCAAUCGCAUUAUCUGGGUGUUUUAGUCUGACUUCAAGAAAUUCGAUUUAGUACAAUUUCAGUCAGACAAGCAUGUUUACAUGUACCUUAAAAGUCCGGUUUUAGUCGGACUAAUACGAUAAUUCGAUUUUCUUAGUGUGCAUGUAAACAUACUGACUGAUUAGAAGGUUUAGGUGCCUCGGUGCCAUCGGCUUAAAGAGGGGUCAUUUAUAUGGUGAUGGGAAAAAAAAAUAAUGAAAAUACUUCACCUAAAACUAUGACGGUUUCUAUGGAUUUUACCACCUGAGAAGACCUCGCCAUAACAUGCAAAGUGUCCUUUAAAAAUUGGGUCAGAUAGCAGUCUGGGGACAAGUGACACUCGCCAGAACGACAGCGUUCGUCAUUAAACAAAACAAUCCCACCUUCUGCUUCUACAUGCAAUCUUGCAGUGAAGGAGCAGCGACAGCUACUGCCCCAGUGGCUCUAUUCACUGUUACCAGGCCACAGAAAUAUUUAGUCUUUUUAUAGCAGUGAGACAGCAGCAACCCACUGCCAGUACAGCACUCCUCAUUGUUUCCUUUGGCUGGGAGGACGGCGCUUCCCAGUUUGGCCCAGUGGCCCAGGUCAGCUUCCCCGACACUGACUACGGCGUAAAUGCAGGUUUAAGUCCCCCUGUCUCCAAGAUGUGUUGGCUAAGUGGUAAUGGUGGUUUUCAGAAAAUUCUAGAAAAAAAAAUGAAAUCGGCAAGCACUUUCUGCUCAGUAUUUAACACUUAGGUGGUAGACAAAACAACAGAGAAUGUAAUUUAUAUGUCUGUUGUACAGUUUUACCAUGCCUUGUGCAUUUGAAAAUAGAUUUAAGUUAAAUGUCACAGUAAAACUAAAUAAACAUUUGAAGCCUC